AUGCCAGACCACGUAAAGAACGCAAAGAAGGACGCUAAAGAGGCUGUGAACCAAACAGAGGUUGAUGCGUCGCAUAUUCCUGACGCAGCCAAGAAGGCCGCACAGGAAUUGCGCUCUGAAGCUAAGGAACUCAGAGAAGAGGCCGAUCGUGAGUUUGAAGAACUCAAAGAAGACGACGCCGUACAAAACUACAAGAACACCGCGUUGGAAUAUGUGCGUAUUGCAUCGGACCGUGCAGCGGCCCUUGGCUCGUACUUCGCGGCACAGAUCAAAAACACGUCGUCGCGUGCUGUACGGGAACUCCAGAACCCUGUGGUGGUCGUCAACGCGGCCCUGGGCGCGUUUCUUGUGCCGCAGCUGUUGAGAGGCUACGCCAAACACCACGCCAGAUAUCUCAGGGGAAAGUCUGAUGCUAUUAUCAUUUCCACCGUUGGCGCUGCCACCGCAUUUUUGGCUCUUGAUGCCUUUUUGUCUGUUAAAUAUUAUUCCAAAUUCGACAAGAAGAAGUUGUAA